GAAGAAAUUCGGAGAUGAUCCUUUUGCCCAAAAUGCGGCAACAAAAUCUACAUCUUAAUGCCAGGUCAGCAUUUCGCUUGACGUUGGCCCCUAAAACGACACCGUAUCACGAGGCGUCCAACUCCAAGUCGUUUUCUGCAACCCGCAAUUUGUGCAAAGCGACAGCAAGAGAAAGGCACAGAGGAGGAGGUGGAGGAUGGAGAGCAAAGUGGAAGUAGACGAAGCGCCGCAGCCGGAGCUCCAAUCCAUCGCCGCGCAGCCAUCACCGCCUUCCGCUCAAAUGGUUUGUGGUUCUUGCCGCCGGCUGCUUAAGUAUCCUCGAGGAGCCACACAUGUCGAGUGCUCGUGCUGUCAGACCGUCAACUUCGUGCUUGAAGCUCAUCAGGUUGGACAAGUUAAAUGUGGUAGCUGUGCAGUGUUGCUGAUGUACCCAUAUGGAGCGCCUUCCGUUAGGUGUUCCUCGUGCCAUUUUGUGACAGAAGUUGGGGAACACAACAAGCGCCCUCCAUGGUCCGUCCAACAGGGGCAAUCACCAACUCCUCCAAAUCCUGUUCAUUAAACUGCUUAUGCGAGGCAGUCUACAAAAUGUAACUAGCAUCUGAAGCUUGGCGGUACAACGCGUUAUAUUGCCGUUGCAUGGAUUAGGGAAGAACGAAGAGCUUACACCGGAACUCUUCUCCAAAAUUAAUAUGUGAUCGAUUUUUCACAUGUAGCAGGUAAUUAUUUGAUACCGUAUAUGAAGUUAAAUUGUUGUGCCUUGCUAAA